AUGCAGGAGCCUUGCGUCAAGGGGACCGGAGUUGGAAUCGAACGGUACCCAUUGAUUCUAUUUCGCCGCCAAGAACUUAUAGAUGAGUGGAACAAGAUCGAUUAUAUCUCGAUACAAGCGGGAUCGUUGCUUUGGAUUUGUGGACCACCGGGCACGGGGAAGUCGUGCGCAGCCCUGGCUUUUGCUUGUUCACUCAACCCCUCCCUUUGGGACGUGGUUUGGAUCCACUACUCGAGAGAUGUGGAGUUCAAUUGCGUGCGGAUGCAGAAGGGGGUUAAGCAAACGUGCUCAUUCAGCGAGUAUGAUGUGGAGACGUUGCUGCCUCAGGUGUUGGAGCCGGUAUCUUCUCUUUCAAGAAAAACCAUAGUCUUUCUGGAUGGCUAUGUCAGCGAUUCGGACAAUGCGAAGCGUGCCUAUCGAGUUUGCAAUAGUUGGCGCACACGUGAUCUAGAUCUGCGUCGACUGGUGUGCGUUAGCUCAAUGGCAGUAGUCGGCAAAGAAUGUCGGCUGGAGGGUGUAGCUGCUAUCGCGGACACUGACGAGGAAUUAUUGGAGAAGUCUCUGUUUGAUUUGUUUUCGUGGACGCUUGAAGAUUACUUGAAGUACAUGAGUGCGAUCAAGAACACUGAGUUCUUCAAGACCGUUCAGGGCAAGUUCCCGCCCUAUUGCCCUCAGCCUGGUAUUGUGGAAUCCGAAGAAGUGCAGAGAAAGAAGAGACUAGAAGAGAAGUAUUUUGUAGCUGGGGGGAGCGCGAGGGUGAUGUUCGAGUUCAGCCCCAAGAAUGCAAUUCAAUACGUCAAACGAGCGCUCAAGGCAGUACCAAACUUUAAGAUUUGUUCUGACAUGCUGGCUGGAUGCGCGGCAUCGACUACAAUCAACCGUCUCUUGGCCAUAUAUCCCGUUGGCGAUGAUGAUUCAGAGUCUCGCUUGGUGAGUGGCUACGCCAUGCGCGCGUUGGCUAUCAAGCUGGGUCCGGAUGUACUGAAGAAUAUGGCUUCGCUUCACGGGUUCAAUCCUUCCGUUGAUGGUUAUAUCUUCGAAAGUUGGUUCUUUGCUAUGCUUACGACAUGCGGCGUCACUUGGAAGCGCCACGUCACGGAUACAGAUGCUUCGCGGCCGCAGUGGGAGAGAUCAGUCGUUACGUUCUUUGACCCGACAAAAUUGAAGCUCAUUAUGACAAGUCCGAAGAAGUGGCUGGCACCAUGA